AUGCCGAUCGGAAAACUUGAGCCGUUCAACAUUCAUGCUACACAGUGGCCGGAGUACAUACGACGGGUAAAACAGUAUAUUAUACUGAACGAAAUUAAAGAUGAACUACAAGUACCUCUCUUAAUAACUGUGGUUGGUGAGGCAACGUAUUCUCUAAUGUGUGAUUUGUGCUCGCCGGUACAUCCCGAAUCAAAGACUUUCGAGGAUUUGGUGCAAUUGUUGACCGAACAUUUUGAACCUCAGCGGUCGGAAAUCGCCGAACGACACGUAUUUCGGUUGCGCAGGCAACGACCAAGCGAGUCACUUACGGAGUACCUGCAUAAUUUAAAACAUCUCGCAACCACCUGUAACUUCGGGAAGGCGCUGGAGGAGAAUCUACGAGAUCAAUUCGUGUCCGGCCUAGCGAGUGAAGCGAUGCGAUCGCGUAUAUUUGCCGAGAAAAAUAUCAAAUACAAAGAGGCGGUCGAGCUGGCUCUGGCACUUGAGGCUGCAGAAAAGCACGCGGAGGUGAGCGCCGCCACAACAGCGAUGGCGUCUACCUCGGCCUCUGGCUUGGGCGGCGAGGUGAGCGAGGGCUUGCACCGGGCGAGCGCGCAACGAGCAGGCGCACGCGGCGGCAGCGGCGGCGGCGCGGCGGCCUGCUGGCGCUGCGGCAAGCAGCACCGGUCAGAUCGGUGUCGGUUUGCGCAAUAUAAUUGUGAUCAGUGCGGCCAACGGGGCCACCUUAAAGUAAUGUGUAAAAAGGUGUUCAGUGAAGUGCGCAGUGGGCUACGUACCGGAGCUCGAUCGUGUGGUCGACCAAAUUUGGUGAACCAGGUGGAUACGGAAGAAGAUGAGGACUUCUAUAACAUUAAGUUGUCGGCUAAAGGUACCAAACCAUAUUUCAUUAUAAUUAAUGUGGACGGUCAUCGUCUAGAGUGUGAGGUCGAUACGGGCAGCCGUAUUUCGGCUAUCAGUGCAGAUUUUUAUAAACGGUACUUUUCAAAUAAAUCAUGA